UUUUAAAAACCAGAAGCUAUUACAAAGCUCAAAGCACAAUGUUUGUUGCUAAAACUUUCAACGGUCGACAGAUUUCAGGAUCUGCACAAACGGAAAAGGAACAGGAGAGAAAUGAGGAGGAAACAGACGAUCGGCCAAACAGCGUUUCCACUCACCAAACUGGAGAAAUAAGCAAUGAGUUGUCACAUGGCCAAGACCCAAAGAUCAGAUACAAGUUUCUGAAAGCAGCAAAACAUGCUGCAACAGACUUGGGCAAACACUUGAAUGGUCAAGUCAAACAUCUGGACAUGAAGCGCCAGACUCAAACAACCUUGGAGGAAAAAUGUUUGAAGAAGCAAGAGAAGCUGGAGAACUUGCUCAGAAACAACAAGACUCUCGAACAACAAAUUGUGGCUAUAAAUUUGAGUUUAAGAAAUGAGACAGAACUAGAAGAAGAAUACAACAGGAUGAAAAUGGAGCAUAAAACCCUGACCCAGAUUAAUGAUAAGAUCCAAAGUCAACUUUUGAAAUCCCAACAAUCACUUUUAAAACAACAACAUCUGGAAGAAAAGUCAAAGAGAAAACGGCAAGAGAACCAGUCUCUUCGCAUGAACAACGUCAUCCUUGAGCAACAGCUUUGGGGAUUGAACGAAAAGCUUUUGGUGGAAGAAAAGAUGCGGUACCAGUAUUCAGAAAUGGAAGCCCAAAGAGAGGCAAUGCUGGAUUACAACCGCAUUCUCCAAUGUAAAGUACAGGAGCUGAAAGACCAGUACGACAGUGCCAAAGAAUCGAUUGACAAUUAUAAUAUGAACAAGCUUCACUUGGAUGCGCUUGAAAUGGAGAGAAAUGAACUUACAGCACAAUUCAAUGAGCUAGACAAUGAGCUCCGACAAAUCAAAGCCAUGAAAAGCCAGUGUCCCGAGAUGCAGUCGGCUUCAGAGGCUGCUAAAAACGACAACUCUGGGCUUGCCAGAAAAAUUCAGGAUCUUCAGACAGAAUUCUUGAAUUUCAAAAAUGUGAAGGAAGAGCAUGAUGCAGCAUUAAAAGGUCCACAGGUUUCAGGAUCUGCACAAACGGACAAGGAACAGGAGAGAAAUGAGGAGGAAACAGACAAUACACAACAGCCAAACAGCGUUUCCACUCAAACGGAAGAAACAAGCAAUGAGUUGUCACAUGACCAAGACCCAAAGAUCAGAUACAACUUUCUGAAAGCAGAAAAACAUGCUGCAACAGACUUGCGCAAACACUUGAAAGGUCAAGUCAAACAUCUGAACAUGAAGUGCCAGACUCAAACAACCUUGGAGGAAAAAUGUUUGAAGAAGCAAGAGAAGCUGGAGAACUUGGUCAGAAACAACAAGGCUCUCGAACAACAAAUUGUGGCUAUAAAUUUGAGUUUAAGAGAUGAGACAGAACUAGAAGAAGAAUACAACAGGAGGAAAAUGGAGCAUAAAACCCUGACCCAGAUUAAUGAUAAGAUCCAAAGUCAACUUUUGAAAUCCCAACAAUCACUUUUAAAACAACAACAUCUGGAAGAAAAGUCAAAGAGAAAACGGCAAGAGAACCAGUCUCUUCGCAUGAACAACGGCAUCCUUGAGCAACAGCUUCUGGGAUUGAACAAAAAGCUUCUGGUGGAAGAAAAGAUGCGCUACCAGUAUUCAGAAAUGGAAGCCCAAAGAGAGGCAAUGCUGGAUUACAACCGCAUUCUCCAAUGUAAAGUACAGGAGCUGAAAGACCAGUACGACAGUGCCAAAGAAUCGAUUGACAAUUAUAAUAUGAACAAGCUUCACUUGGAUGCGCUUGAAAUGGAGAGAAAUGAACUUACAGCACAAUUCAACAAGCUAGACAAUGAGCUCCGACAAAUCAAAGCCAUGAAAAGCCAGUGUCCCGAGAUGCAGUCGGCUUCAGAGGCUGCUAAAAACGACAACUCUGGGCUUGCCAGAAAAAUUCAGGAUCUUCAGACAGAAUUCUUGAAUUUCAAAAAUGUGAAGGAAGAGCAUGAUGCAGCAUUAAAAGAACGGUCAGCCCGCGGACAAGAUGUUUGUCACCUGAAUGGCAACAUCAAGAAAAGAAAGUGGAAACAAAACAAAAGCAAGAAGAUCAGCCUUCUCCACAAGACCAGACAAGUCAAGGACUUUGUUCAGUUCAUAGAGAACAAUAUGAACAUUUAUUCCUACGAAACUGAGGUCGCAGAGUGGGCUGCAUGAUCGAGAGGAUUGCUCUGUUUCCAGCCAGGAGGUUCCUGCUCUUCCUGGCUGGACAUGCAAAAGCUGGUGCAAAAGUUUUUU